AUGAUUGUAAAUCAACAACAAGCAAGCGCGACUUUAAAGGUUAUUUUAGCUGGUCCGCAUAAUGCUGGGAAGACAAUGUUCCUCUGGAGAUGGAGUUCAAAAUCUGGCGAAUUUAAUGCAGGACCAACCAUAGGAGCUGAUUUUGCAUGCAGAGAUGUGAUACGAGGAAAGAAAAAAUACAAGAUACACCUUUGGGACACUGCUGGACAAGAAGCGUAUCAUAGUAUUACCGCCCCAUAUUUCAGAUCUUGUUCAGCAGUAUUAUUAAUGUUUGACCUAACAGAUAGAACUAGUUUUGAAAGUCUAGACUAUUGGCUUAAUAAUAUUAAUAAUAAUGCAAUUACCUCGCCAAUUAUAUAUCUAAUCGGAAAUAAAUUAGAUGAUCCAAAUCAAGCUGUAGGUGAUUACGAAAUAAUACAAUAUGCUCGUGUUCAUGGCCUGAAACCAUUUAAAGCUUCAGCAAAAAAUGAUAUAAAUAUCGAACAAAUACAUAAUGAUAUGGUUGAUUCGAUUAUAGCUGCUAAUUCUUUAACUCCAGUUCAAUAUGUUUCACUUUCUAAUCCUAAAAAGAAGUCAGAUAAUGGAGAUUGUUGUUAA